ACGGCCAGCCGUGGCAUUUCCUGCUUUGCUCUCAGGUCCUAACUUUCGUUUUCUCUGCCUGGGUCACGCUGUUUCCUGGCAUAGGAGGAGAAAGGCACAGCAUAAAAAUCCAGGCUAGACCCAGGCUGCAGCAGAGCUGUGUCAGCCCCCAGCAGCUCAAACCAGAACAUCGCUGACCUGCAUCUGCACAGUGCAAAGGCCUUUCCUGCUCCUCGCAGCACCCCGCCAGUGAGCAGGUCCCGUGUGCCGUCAGCAAUGGCCUCUGCAAUCCAGAUGCCGGCACCCGUCUGCCUCAUUGAGAACAGCCCAAGGAAGGGGCUGGUGGUCCAGCAGGAGGCCCUGCAGGUGCUGUCAGAGAUCUCCCAGCCGGUGGUGGUGGUGGGCAUCGCUGGGCUGUACCGCACCGGCAAGUCCUACCUCAUGAACAGGCUGGCUGGGCAGAGGAAAGGUUUCUCCAUGGGCUCUAGUGUGCAGGCCCACACCAAAGGGAUCUGGAUGUGGUGUGUCCCUCACCCCUGCCGGCCUGGACACACUCUGGUGCUGCUGGACAGUGAAGGUCUGGGCGACGUGAAGAAGGGCGACACCAAGAAUGACACGUGGAUCUUUGUGCUGACCGUCCUGCUCUCCAGCACCCUGAUCUACAACAGCAAAGGCUCCAUUGACCAGCAGGCCCUGGAGCAGCUGUACUAUGUGAUGAGGCUGACUGAGCGUAUCAAGGUGAAAGCAGCACCCGAGGAGAGUGAAGAUGGCCUGGAGGAGGCAGGACAAUUAGUCCCCUUCUUCCCGACUUUUGUCUGGGCUGUGCGGGAUUUCACCCUGCAGCUGGAGAAGGACGGGAAGGAGAUCUGUGAGGACGAAUACUUGGAGGACGCGCUGGAGUUAGAGCCUGGUGACAGCCCGGAGACACAACGCUGCAACCAGCCCCGGGAAUGCAUCCUCCGGUCCUUUCCGCAUCGCAAGUGCUUUAUUUUUGACCAGCCAGCCAGCAGGAGUGAGCUGGUGCGCUUGGAGGAGCUUCAGGAUGAUGAGCUGAAUCAAGACUUCCAGCAACAGGUGGAGAAAUUCUGCAGGCACAUCUGGGAAAAGUCUCCACCUAAGAGCAUCCCUCAUGGGCGCAUCCUGACAGGGAACCUGCUGGGGAAGCUGGCAGAGACCUACGUGGAGGCCAUCGAGAGCGGAUCAGUGCCGUGCCUGGAGAGUGCAGUGCUGGCCCUGGCAGAGAUGGAGAAUGCAGCGGCGGUGAAAGAGGCUGUGACAUUGUACCAGAAUCUGAUGAAGCAGCGGGCAAAGCUGCCGACAGAGACUGUUGAGGAAUUGCUGGAGUUGCACAGGCAGUGUGAUCAGGAGGCUCUGGAGCUGUUCCACAAACGGGCAUUUGAGGAGGGCAUGUGCCGUUUCCAGGCAGAGCUCACGCGCCAGGUGGAGGAAGUCAAGGAGAAGUUCUGCAGAGGCAAUGAGGAGGCAUCCCGUGCCAAGUGCGAGGAUGCUCUCAGGGAGCUCUUCCAAGACAUGGAGAGACGCCUCGGUGAUGGUGACUACAAUGUUGCCGGUGGGUUCCAGCUGUUCCAAACAGACCUGCUGGCACUGGUGAAGAAUUACCGGGAAGUGCCUGGCAAGGGAGUGAAGGCCGCUGCUGUCCUUCAGGAGUUCCUCCAAAGGCUCAAGUUUCUGGCCAGUGUCAUCCUCACCGUAGACCAGUCCCUGAAAGAGAAGGAAGAGGAGCUGAAACGUGUGCAAGAGCAGUACAAGAGAGCUGAGCAGAAGCAGAAGAAACUAAAGAUGAUUCUUACUGCACUAUCAGUGUUGUUUGCUGUGGUAUCUGUCAUAAUUGCCUUUUGAGACCACUGAGACUUUUAAGAUUUCCCCUUUAGUGACAUUGUGUAGGGUCCCCAAGUACGAUUGUUGUCAGUUUUGAAAGCCUUUCUUGCAAGACGCUUGCCACAGAGCACAUGAGCGGCCUCCACAUUCACUUGUACCAUAUCUCUUUCUUUCCUGCACACUUCUUCCAGGAGAAGCUGUUCUCCCCUCUCUUCCCAGAGCACCCGGUCUCUUGUUCCAUCUGAAGGCAGGGAAACGUCUUCACCCAUGGUGGCCCUGGGCACGGAGAGGCCGUGAUGGCAGCAGGCAGGGCUGAGAGCAUUUGGCCGUGAUGACAACAAGUCAGUAGAGGAUCAAGGCCACCUCUUCUAGAGACCUCACCAGGCCUAUGGAGAACAUGCUUUAGAGAAAGCCCACUGGCUGUUUUCCUAGGGUCACACCUAGUGCAGCAGCAUGAAGAAGCAUGGGGGCUGUGACCUCGAUCCAGGAAUGCUGGUGGAGAGCAGUCCCAGCGUGCUUGGCACCAGCCCUGGGCAGACCUCACCAGUGUGAGCCCACAGCCUGGGGAGCAACAAAUGCAAGCCAACCUCUGCUGGGUCACCCUUCCCACCUUGCAUCUUGGCAAGGCUUUUCUCCAUUUGAAGCUGUGAGGAAGGUCUCCCCAUGGGGCUGUACUGUGCUCCAUCACCCAUCUCCAUUCUGCUCCCAGUUUCUUGUCUUCAGGGCGAGAGAUCCCCAAGCACCCUUUCCCAGGAGUGUCUGGGGUGGUAGACCAAGACACGGCUGUAGAGGGGUCCUGUGAGGAGUGCAUCCCAUUGCAGUGGUUGGGGCCAGGACAGAGUUGAUGUUCUCUUUAGAUGCUGGAGAGGUUCUGUGUUUCAGGAUUGUUGAUACCCCCCCUGUUUGGCUGCUGGUGAACAGUGCCUGCCCAGCACCAAGAACUCCUCUAUUCUCAUCCUUCAGCCAGCCAGCUGGGGGUUGGCAAGACACUGGAGGGGACACAACUGGGAAAGGUGACCCCAGCUGACCGAAGGGACAUCCCAUAGGAUACUGUGCUCAAGGAAUGGAAGCUAGGGAAACAGGGAGGAAGGGAGGAUGUUUGGAGUUGUGGCAUUUGCUUUUCCAAGCCACUGUUACAUGUGAUGGAGGCCUGCUUCCCUGGGGGUGGCUGAACAUCUGCCAGCCCAGAGGAAGUAGUGAAAGAAUCCCUUCUUUGGCUUUGUUUGCACACGCAGCUUUUGGUUUACCUAUUAAAAUGUCCCUAUCUUGA